GAAUAAGUUCAUCAAAAUCUUUGGGUCUAUUUUUUCCAUCCGUUCCGUAUUUCUUUUUUUUUUUUCUAAGUUAUAAUCUAUAACAAUGACAAUGGGCUGCUCUUGUUCUUUAGGUUCAAACCCCGCUCAGUUGAAGGCGUGUGUGAAUAGUAAGUGACCACAAUGGGUGCUUACAAAUACGUGCAGGAGUUGUAUCGAAAGAAACAGAGUGAUGUUUUGAGGUUCUUACUGCGUAUCCGGGUGUGGCAGUACCGCCAGAUGACCAAACUGCACCGAGCUCCUCGCUCCACUCGUCCAGAUAAGGCUAGGCGUCUUGGGUAUAGGAACAAGGAAGGUUUCAGUAUCUUCCGUAUUCGUGUGCGCCGUGGCGGUCGCAAGCGUCCAGUGCCCAAGGGAGCCACCUAUGGAAAGCCCAAGAGCCACGGAGUCAACCAGCUAAAGCCUGUGAGGAACUUGCAGUCGGUGGCCGAGGAACGUGUGGGGCGUCGCUGUGGAGGUCUCAGAGUCCUCAACUCCUAUUGGGUGGCCCAGGAUUCUACCUACAAGUACUUCGAGGUCAUCUGCGUGGAUCCAUCUCACAAGGCCAUCAGGCGAGACCCAAAAGUCAACUGGCUCGUAAAUGCCGUUCACAAGCAUAGAGAGCUGAGAGGCAAAACUUCAGCAGGAAGGAAGUCUCGAGGUCUGGGCAAGGGCCAUCGGUUCUCGCAGACCAAGGGAGGCUCCAGACGAGCUGCCUGGAAGAGAAGGAACACUCUCCAACUUCACAGAAAACGUUAACAUAUUGUUAUGUUAAAAUUGUGAAUAAAAUGUAUUCAAAUUAA